ACAGGAUCCAGCUGAGUGGGAAAGUAGGCCGGAAGGAAGGGAGUCGUUUCUUUGUUGAGUGUUUUUGUGCGGAGCGACGGUCGGUGUAAUAUCCUGGGUGAGAUUGGGGAACGGGCACUUGCCUGUAUAUGCAUCGUACAUGUGGGCACGUAGAGGCGCCCAUUACGCCGAUUGCUGUGGGCCACACCAGGCCCCGACCCCGGCUGCUUGCCAAUGGAUCCCUGGAGAAAUGAGUGGGUAGUCGGCAGCGACCACUAGUCUCUUCGCCAGCUGAGCGCUGACACGGCGCUCGGACGCUAAAGACUGUUAACCGCUUGUCUAAACAUUCUCGUAUUUUCCCUAUAUUUGCUUUUCCUGUCUUAAAAAAACCCGAGUUUGCUCGACGCUUUAUUCCCAUCUUCGGACUUCGGAAGAAAAGUUAACAGGAUCCUGAAUUCCCUGAACUUUUUGGAUGCCAUGGUGGGCCUGUUCUAUUACGAGAAUGUCGGGAAAAACUGCCGGAAGAUCCUGCAGUACGAAGGCCGUCCCAGCAAGAUACUCUUGUUCCCGGACGAGAACGGAUUAGCGUCCGGAGUGAAGAAGCACUGGCUACUGAAGACGGUGUGGUGGAGUAAACGCUACUGCAAGAUCAUCGAGGUCAUCGGCGGGGUGCAGCGAAGAGAGACCCGCGGACGCUUGUACAACUAUCCGGCCUGGGGCGUCAUGGUCAUCGUGGGGAAGUUUGCCGGGAAGGCGGAGGAGAUGCCGGAUUUCUGUGUGCGGCUCAGCUCGGAGGUGUCGCGGGAAGAUUUCCGUGCCGGUUAUUCCAUGAGCGGUGUCCUGGAGCAAGGUGAUUUCAGCCAGGGCGUGGCCUAUCUCACGCACUAUGCCAUGAUUAAACGCCGCGAUGUCGUCUAAGUGCCACGCCCCGCCCCAGUUGCUGACGUCACGCGUAUAUACAAUUCUCGGUGUAUAAUUCAGCUAUUAUACCAAAAGUAUAUUUGCUCAUUUUGUUAAUCAGUCGCAUGCUGUUUAUAAAUAAUUCUACGCUAUGCCGCCACUGCUUGCAAUGCUUCCUUCAACAGUAUGAAAAUAACUUUUAUAAUAAAAAGCGCGCCAUCUCGAUAAUAAAU